AUGCGUUCUACACGGGAGCCUAUAAAGGUAGCAGCUUUGGAGGAGGCAGGGGAGGAGGUGACUGCUGUGGCGUGUGGCGCGCAGUGCACUGCUGCCAUCACCAGGCGGAGGGGGAAGGUGUGUGGCGCGCAGGAGCCUAUAAAGGUUGCAGCCUUGGAGGAGGCAGGGGAGGAGGUGACUGCUGUGGCGUGUGGUGUGCAGUGCACUGCAGCUAUCACCAGGCGGAGGGGGGACGGCCGGGGGAGGGGGAAGAGGGGAGGGGGCAGCGCGGAGCAUGGGGGUGGUGGGGAAGAGGAGGGGGAGGAGGGGCGCCUGUGGGUGUGGGGCCAGAACCAGGUGGUUAUUCAGGUGUCUUGUGGCGACUCACACGCUGCUGCUGUGUCUAGCACUGGGCUGCUGCAGACAUGGGGCUACAACGAGCAUGGGCAGCUGGGCAUCGGCAGGGCGUGCGACGGGCUGCAGCGGCCGCACCUGGUGACCUCCUUUCAGCGCUUCCUGGACGAUCCACCUCUGACCUGCCCGGACGGAAUUCAAAUUGUGGCGGUGGCGUGUGGGGGGUUCCACACCGCUGCUGUUGACACAAGAGGCGAGAUGUCAGGAAAUGGGGAAUUCAAACCCGAAAUCAUGUGCUCCUCUGUUCUCUCCUUCGUCCUCUGUUCUCCAUGCAUGGGCACGUACACGUGGGGAGGGGUGGUGGGGAUGUUGUGUUGCUGGGGCAGCUGGGCCACCUAUGCAGGGGCCAGGUACACGUGGGGAGGGGGGAUGAUGGGACAGCUAGGGCAUCGAACGCUGCAGGCCAGAGGUGGCACGUGUGAGGUGCUGCCGAGGCGGGUGGUGGGGCUGGAAGGGGUGUCAGUGGCGCAGGUGGUUUGUGGCCGCACCCACACAUGCGCUCUCACCCACAGGUGGGCGCAGGGGGGGGAGCGGGUGCUCGUGACGGGGCUUUGUGCGAGGGCUGGUGCAGCGCCAGCCGCUGCUGCUCAUGCCCAAAGGGGUGCGGCUGGUGACCUGUGGGCAGGUGAGAGAGUUGGACAUGGGCGUAUUGGAGCACCUAGACUUCGUGAGAGGGAUGGUGCAGCGCCUUCCACUGCUGCUUAUGCCCAAGGCCGUGCGACUGGUUACUUGUGGGCAGUUGUGCAGGGGGGGAGUGGGUGCCCGUUGCUGGAUUUUGCGAGAGGGCUGGUGCAGCGACAGCCGCUGCUGCUCAUGCCCAAGGGAGUGCGGCUUGUGACAUGCGGGCAGGACCACACGCUAGUGGCGAUGGCAGACGAUCAGGUACUAGGGUGGGGUUACAACAGCUGUGGGCAGGCAGCAACAGGGAGGGAGUCCUACGCAUGGAUGCCCAUGCACGUGGACUGGUGUGUGGGCAAGGUGCAGGCACUGGCGGCAGGGGGAGGUCACUCCGCUGUUCUCACUGUUGCCGACUCUCUGAAGCUUCUUACUGAGUUCCGAUUGGCCCAUUCCCUCGACUUCUCUCUUCGCCGCCCGCGGGGGGGUUCGGAGUGCGUGGGAAGUUUUGACGGGCUGCCCGGGGGCAGGGAAGGGAGUGGAGAGGAAGAGGAUGGUGGGGUGAUACUGCGUUGCCAGCUGGCAUUGGCGGAACGAAUCGUGGAGGAGUCGACUCGUGCGCUACUGCCUGCAGUUCUGGUUCCUCGCUUUCAAGUUCUUCUUUUCGACCGAUUCUCAUCCGAAACUCCUUUCAUGGCGAAAGAUGAGGAGGAGAGGGAUGGAAGGACGGCGCGCAGAAGCAAGAGUAGGAGUCGCAGCCGAAGCAGGGACCGAGACCGAGGUAGGGACGGUGACAAGGUGAAGGAGAGAGAUCGAGGUCGGGAUAAGAAACGAGACCGCGACAAGGAUAAGGCGGGCGACAAGGAUAAGAAAGGCGACAAGGAUAAGGCGGGCGACAAGGAUAAGGCGGGCGACAAGGAUAAGGCGGGCGACAAGGAUAAGGCGGGCGACAAGGUUAAAACGGGCGACAAGGAUAAGGCGGGCGACAAGGAUAAGGCGGGCGACAAGUCGGGAAAGGAUUCCAAGGAAGAUUCGCGGAUGGACGCGAAGGGAGGCGCGGUGGAGGAGGGAAAGGCGGCUGGACAAGUUAACGGUAACGAGACGAAAGAAAACGGGAAACAGAACGGCGAUGCUGCUGCUGCUGCUCCGAAGAAGCAGGAGCCCUUGUCCUUGGAGGAGCUGCUGAAGAAGCGGAAAGAGGAUGCCUUGCAACAGGCCAAGCCUGUGUUUCUGACCAAGGAGCAGCGACAGGCUCUAGCGCUGCAGAGGCGCAAGGCAGAGGCAACGGCUCAGAUGAGAAAAAUUGAGAACCAACGGCGGGCGCUCAGAGGACUCCCUCCCCUGCCUGAUGAGAAUGCAGAGGACGGUGCUGCAGAGGGCAAGGAAAGGGGGAAGGCUGUGGAUGCGGAUGGGGAGGAGGGGAAGAGCGACGGGAAGGAGAAGGGGAAGGGCGAGGAGGGAGGGGCUGGGGGUGGAGGAGCAGGCACGGAUAGGGAGAGAGAGCUGGAGAUGAUCCGAGAACAGUACCUGGGGCUGCGCAAGCCCAAGAAGCGAGUGAUCAAGCCAAGUGAGAAGUUCCGAUUCUCCUUCGACUGGGAGAACACCGAGGACACCUCACGCGACCUCAACCCCCUCUACCAGAACCCUCACGAGGCGCAACUUCUGUUUGGACGAGGUUUCAGGGCGGGUGUGGACAGGAGGGAGCAGAAGAAGCUUGCAGCGAAGAAUGAAGCAGACAUGCGGGCAGCCAUUCGGGAGAAGGAGGGUGUGGAGGAGAGGCCAGAGGAUGCGGAGGCGCAACAGAAGAGGGAGGAGGCUGCCAACGCGUAUGAUACAUUCGACAUGCGCGUUGACCGGCACUGGUCUGAGAAGAAGCUGAGCGAGAUGAAUGAGCGUGACUGGCGCAUCUUCCGAGAGGAUUUCAACAUUGCCUACAAGGGCUCCAAGGUACCUCGCCCCAUGCGCAACUGGGAGGAGAGUGGGCUGUCAGCAGAGCUGCUGAGGGCUGUGAAGGAGAUCGGCUACACCAAGCCGUCUCCCAUCCAGAUGGCUGCCAUGCCCAUCGGGCUGCAGCAGCGGGAUGUUAUCGGCAUUGCCGAGACUGGAUCCGGCAAGACGUGUGCGUUUGUGCUGCCCAUGCUGACGUACAUCUCCAAGCUGCCGCCCAUGACAGAGGCCAACGAGGCAGAGGGGCCGUACGCGGUUGUCAUGGCGCCCACUAGGGAGCUGGCGCAGCAGAUCGAGGAGGAAACGGUGAAAUUCGCCCAGUUCAUGAAUCUCCGGGUGGUGUCGAUCGUGGGAGGGCAGUCCAUCGAGGAGCAGGGCUUUAAGCUGCGCCAGGGCUGUGAAAUCGUCAUCGCCACGCCAGGGCGACUUCUGGACUGCUUGGAGCGGCGCUAUGCCGUGCUGAACCAGUGCAACUACGUGGUGCUGGACGAGGCUGAUCGCAUGAUCGACAUGGGCUUUGAGCCUCAGGUGACAGGAGUGCUAGAGGCCAUGAACACAACGUUCCUCAAGCCAGAGAGCGAGGACGCAGAGCUGGAUGCCUCCCGCAUCUACCGGGUGACCUACAUGUUCUCUGCCACCAUGCCUCCCAGCGUUGAACGGCUGGCCAGGAAAUAUCUUCGCAACCCUGUUGUG